AUGUGGGAAUUAACACCGAUCAUAUACAACAAAAAUUUGGUCAGAAAGCCGGAGCCGUUAGAAUCGAGUGAAAAUUCCAAACGGUCGUCUUUCCAAGCAUCACGAUUCAAAAUCAAACCUUUCCCCCCCUCUCCUUCUCUCUCUCUCUCUCUCUCUCUCUCUCUCUCGGCAACAAUCAAUCUUUCACGAAUCCAGAGCACCGCCAUCCGUUUCCACUCUCGCGAUUCCUCUCUUCCUUCGCCGCAGGAAUCGGUUGAGCUCGAGCCCCGGCGGAAGAAUGGCCGUCCCCGGAGAACGCGCGACAAUCGACGGAGACGGCGAGCCCCGCAUCCCCGUGUUCACCGUCGUCAAGAACGGCGCCGUCCUCAAGAACAUCUUCGUCGUCGACAAGCCCCCUCCUCCGUCGCCGCCGCCGCCGCCGCCGCCGGGGGCCCCGCCCGCCCGCGACAGGCGGACGGCGCGAAGACCGCGGCGGGCGGCCGGGAGGGCCGAGGCGAGAUGCUGAUCGUCGGUCGGCACCCCGACUGCCACAUCAUGUUGACGCACCCCAGCAUCAGCAGGUUCCACCUCCAGAUUCAUUCGGAUCCGUCGCGGCGGAAGCUCUCCGUCGUGGACUUGUCUUCAGUGCAUGGGACUUGGGUUUCCGAGAAGAAGAUUGAGCCUGGAGUUGUAGUGGAGCUGAGCGAGGGCGACACAUUGCGUGUCGGCGGGUCGAGCAGAGUGUAUAGACUGCACUGGGUACCUCUGAGCCGUGCAUAUGAUUUCGAGAACCCGUUCGUUUCGGCGUUGGAUGCAUCGGGUGCCGAUGAAGAGAAAGAAGAGGAAGAUUUAGUGAUUGACGAAGGAAAAGUAGAAGAGGAACGUGAGGAUGAGGAUUCUUUGGAGAUUGGAUGUGAAGAUGAUGACGACUUGGAAAGCUCAUUUGUCCUGGAAGAUGAGGAGCAUGUACAUCAGGAUUCCUUCCAAGAUGAGAAUAAGGGGAUACACUCACCCGAAUCAUUAUUGAAAGGGGUUGAAGCUCUAGCUCUUGAUGAUUGUGAAGAAUUGCCUGCGAAGAAUCAGAGUCCAUCGCAAUUACCAAUUCCUGAGAAUCCAUAUGCUUCCACUUAUGGUGAAAAAGAAACUGAUGCAGGAUUAGGCUCAAAAGCAGUGGACGAUUUUUUCAUGCUUGCUGAGUAUCUGCAAACUGAGCCUAUGGAUGCUUCUUCGCCUUUUAGAAUUUUAUUUGACGUAGACAACCAGAAGUUUAAUGAAGAAAAAUGGAGUACGGAAGUUGGCAUUGCCACUAAAUUAGUGUCUGCAAAUAAAGGAAGCAUAAGGUCAGCGCAUGAUGAUCUGGAGAACUGUUUAGUAGCUGAAGCUUUUGAAGACAACCGGAAGUUCAAUGAAGAAAAAUGGAGUACAGAAGUUGGCAUUGCCACUGAAUUAGUGUCUGCGAAUGAAGGAAGCAUAAGAUCAGCGCAUGAUGAUCUGGAGAACUGUGUAGUAGCUGAAGCUUUUGUAGACAAUCGGAAGUUCAAUGAAGAAAAAUGGAGUACGGAAGUUGGCAUUGCCACUGAAUUAGUGUCUGCAGACGAAGGAAGCAUGAGAUCAGCACAUGAUGAUCUGGAGAACUGUUCAGUAGCUGAAGCUUGUGAAGACAACCAGAAGUUCAAUGAAGAAAAAUGGAGUACGGAAGUUGGCAUUGCCACCGAAUUAGUGUCUGCAGAUGAAGGAAGCAUGAGAUCAGCACAUGAUGAUCUGGAGAACUGUUUAGUAGCUGAAGCUUGUGAAGACAACCAGAAGUUCAAUGAAGAAAAAUGGAGUACGGAAGUUGGCAUUGCCACCGAAUUAGUGUCUGCAGAUGAAGGAAGCAUGAGAUCAGCACAUGAUGAUCUGGAGAACUGUUUAGUAGCUGAAGCUUGUGAAGACAACCAGAAGUUUAAUGAAGAAAAAUGUAGUGCGGAAGUUGGCAUUGCCACCGAAUUAGUGUCUGCAGACGAAGGAAGCAUAAGAUCAGCACAUGAUCAUCUGGAGAACUGUUCAGUAGCUGAAGCUUGUGGAGACAACCAGAAGUUCAAUGAAGAAAAAUGGAGUACGGAAGUUGGCAUUGCCACCGAAUUAGUGUCUGCAGAUGAAGGAAGCAUGAGAUCAGCACAUGAUGAUCUGGAGAACUGUUUAGUAGCUGAAGCUUGUGAAGACAACCAGAAGUUUAAUGAAGAAAAAUGUAGUGUGGAAGUUGGCAUUGCCACCGAAUUAGUGUCUGCAGACGAAGGAAGCAUAAGAUCAGCACAUGAUGAUCUGGAGAACUGUUCAGUAGCUGAAGCUUGUGGAGACAACCAGAAGUUCAAUGAAGAAAAAUGGAGUACGGAAGUUGGCAAUGCCACUGAAUUAGUGUCUGCAGACGAAGGAAGCAUAAGAUCAGCAGAUGAUGAUCUGGAGAACUGUUCAGUAGCUGAAGCUUUUGGAGACAGCCAGAAGUUCAAUGAAGAAAGAUGGAGUACGGAAGUUGGCAUUGCCACUGAAUUAGUGUCUGCAGAUGAAGGAAGCAUAAGAUCAGCGCAUGAUGAUCUCGAGAACUGUUUAGUAGCUGAAGAUUUUGAAGACAACUGGAAGUUCAAUGAAGAAAAGUGGAGUAUGGAAGUUGGCAUUGCCGCUGAAUUAGUGUCUGCAGAUGAAGGAAGCAUGAAAUCAGCUCAUGAUGAUCUGGAGAACUGUUCGGUAGCUGAAACUUUUGAAGGCAACCAGAAGUUCAACGAAGAAAAAUGGAGUAUGGAAGUUGGCAUUGCCACUGAAUUAGUGUCUGCAGAUGAAGGAAGCAUGAGAUCAGCGCAUGAUGAUCCGGAGAACUGUUUAGUAGCUGAAACUUUUGAAGAAAGCAAGUGCACCCUAUCAAUAGACAGUGAAGUAGGAGACAGCUUGAGCCAUCCUUCUGCUCCUUAUUAUCCCUGUUCAUCCUGUCCAGAGAUUUUUUCAGAGAUGGAAAAUCAACAGUUAGGGCAAGAGGAUAAUGCAGAACAACCAUUUAAUACAUUGGGAUCGCUUUCUUCUGGAGGAAAGACUAGGACUCUCAGGAAAGAGCGGAAACCCUUUACAUCCAUGUUGAUAGAUGAUGCACGACCUAGAAAAGGCUGCAGUUCUGCUGUUGAAAUUCGUGAAGAAAGCCAAAAUCAAGUCACACAUAUAGACAACCAAGAAGAUGGAGAUACUUUGAGCCAUCACUUUGCAAAGUCUUUAGCGGAUACAAUAACGUCAUCUGAGUCUGAUAGGGAAAUCCUACUGGAGACCACUGAUCAGCAUCUUAAUGAUGAGAACCAGAGGCCACAAUAUGGAUCUGUUACUGGGAGGCUGUCUGAAAGUGGUAAAGAAAGCAGCCCUUUAGGACAGUCUUGCACAAAAUCAAAAUGCUCGAGCAUUUGGUCAAGAAGAGGGAAGCCCAGUACUGUUCUGCAGCUUCAGACAAACAGAAGAAAAGGAAUGACCAAAAGUGCUGCUACUGCUUCUAGAAACAAGCAACAUAGCCAGGAUAAUAACGAAAACCAAUUGAGUGCGGUUCCGUUUUUAAGUUUAGAUGGGGAAGAGGAAGAGAUAUUUACUCCAGACAAGGAGAACUUAACGCCAAAUACCCGUCUACUUAAAUCCUUGAAGAAGAUAAGCAAGAUGGAAGUAGCAGAGGCUAGACCUGCAGAAUCAUUUAGAAGAUCCUCUUCAAAGCUCUCUCCUAUGGCCAAUAUCUGCAAUGAGGAGGAUGUUUUCUACUCGGAUAAAGAGAAUCAGACCCCUGAGGGUCUCAGAGGGCAGAAAAUGGCCAGACGUGCCUCUGGAAGUUCUUCAAGACUAAGAAGAGAGUUGGGCUUGAAGCAGGGAGCAGAAAGGUCGGCUUUUAAGUCCUUGAAUGUCAGGUCCGGCAGUCAAUCAACAGCUUCAGGAGGUGCAAUGAAAAGUGGUCUUUCUGUUGAUGGUGUUCGAUCACUGGGAAGGAAAGUCUCUGCUUUGUCUGCUAACAAAUCUUAUGGCGAGCCAAACAAGAGUUGGAUCAUGGUUGUCGAUACUACCUCUUUUCUCAACAAGGAGUCGAUGAAGUCAUUGCAGCUUCUGCAGGGUCUGAAAGAGACUCAGUUAUUCAUUCCACGAAUUGUCAUAAGAGAGCUGGACUGUCUGAAGCGACGUGCUAGCGUUUUCAGAAGGACAACUGAGGUCUCUUCAGCUUUAGAGUGGAUAGAAGAUACUAUGGUUAAUUUGAAAUGGUGGAUUCACGUGCAAAGGUCCAUGGAGGAAGGAAUGUCAGUUGCGCCAACACCUCCUGCUACUCCUCGUUGUAUAUUUGGCGAUGUGAGCGCGACUUUUUCUGCUGCUACACCUGGGGGGAGUGUAAUGGAUAUCAUUUCGCCCACCACAGAAGACCACGUCCUUGAAUCUGCACUCUUCUAUAGGAAAACCAACCCCAAUGGACAGCUCGUCCUCCUUAGCAAUGAUAUCUCGCUUAAAAUUAAAGCCAUGGCAGAGGGUAUACUAUGUGAGACUGCUCAAGAAUUUCGCGAGAGUUUGGUGAAUCCCUUCUCCGACAGGUUCUUGUGGGCAGAUAGUUCUCCCAGAGGACAGACUUGGUCGUGCUUGGACGAUGUUGUUCUGAAAGAGAAGUACUAUUCACGCCCAUCAAAGAAAUCCGCACGAGGAGAAGGCCUGAGUGGAUUGAAGCUCAUUCUCCUGCACAAUUCUCAGUACGGGCAGCAAAUCCGAUCGGUUGGUUGAGUAACGCCAUCGUUUUUUGAAAUCUCAACACCUUGUUUUGCCGAGGAUGCACUCAAAGUUGAAUCUAGAUGUGCUUUUUCAAAACUUACUAGCUAAAAAACCAAAAAAAAAAAGAAUUUCACGUGACAUUGUCGGCACAUGAUCUGUCAUGUCUCCGAUGAUGGUGAAAUGUGGUGAAUUAGGCACUUGUUGAUAUGAGAUGAAUAGUUGUCUCUUGGCUGGCCA